AUGACAGGAUCUGAAAAUGACCAAUUGGAAAUAAUUCGUUCAUCGUUCAAAUAUUGUCCAAAUUUUCCAAAGGAAGGAAUUACAUUCGUUGAUAUUUUCGGUGUUUUUGCUAAUCCAACAGCUCAUCGUGCAUUAAUUGAUGUUAUUUUAAAUCGUAUAAAAAAAUUGAAUAUGAAAAUUGAAGCUGUUGUUGCACUUGAAGCACGCGGAUUCAUAUUUGGUCCACAAGUUGCCUUGGAAUUGCAAGUACCAUUUCUUCCUGUUCGAAAACGUGGAAAACUACCAGGAAAAGUAGUUAAACUUGAUUAUGAUCUUGAAUAUGGAAAAGAUACCAUAGAAAUGCAAUUCAAUAUUCUUAAACCAGGAACUAAAGUUCUUUUAAUGGAUGAUUUACUUGCUACCGGUGGUACAUUGGGUGCUGCACAAAAAUUAUGCGUUGAACUUGGUUAUGAAGUAGUUGAAACUUUAGUAAUAAUUGAAUUAAUUGAUUUACAUGGCCGUGAAAAAUUAACAGAUGUUAAUCAUUUUACAACGUUGUUUCAAUUGACAGAAACUGAACUUGCUGCAAUUGCAGCUAAAUAUAAAUAA